UAGUCAACGCGAUUAAUGACCGCGUACCGUCGGACAAAAAAUGUCGUCGUUAAUAGAGCCGGGCUUGUUAACGCUACCGAAUUAACGACGGCCGCUAUCGCGCGAUUGCAACACCUCCGAUAUACCUACCUCCGCGGGGCGGGCCGGCUCGCGAUCGAUAUCGAGCGGCUGGCUGCAGGGCGUCUCGCUCCCACACCGGGUCUGUAUCGCAACGGACAGGGAGGAGGCACGCCCCUCGGGCCCCGGCGCCGCCCCCUGCCGCCCGGCCGCCCGGCGCGCCGCGCUCCGCGACCAGUGUGCCGCGCGCGUGCGUCCCGAGAGCGCGCCGUGCCAUGCGCCGCCCGUAGCCUAACCGCCACCAUGCUCGUGCCUCCCGAGAUGAUGGCGGCCCAGUCCAAGCUCGUCUACCAGAUGAAUAAGUACUACAACGAGCGGGUCGCCAACCGCAAGGCGCAGAUCGCCAAGACGAUCCACGAGGUGUGCCGCAUCGUGCAGGAUGUCCUCAAAGAGGUGGAGCUGCAGGAGCCGCGCUUCAUCUCUUCUCUCACCGACUACAAUGGCCGCUUCGAUGGCCUCGAGGUCGUCUCGCCGCACGAGUUCGAGAUCGUCAUCUACCUCAACCAGAUGGGUGUGCUCAACUUCGUGGACGACGGCUCUCUGCCAGGCUGCGCCGUGCUUAAAUUGAGCGACGGCCGCAAGCGCUCUAUGUCGCUGUGGGUGGAGUUCAUCACCGCCUCAGGCUACCUAUCUGCGCGCAAGAUCCGCUCACGUUUCCAGACGCUGGUGGCGCAGGCGUGCGACAAGUGCUCGUACCGUGACUGCGUCAAGAUGAUCGCCGAGACGACCGAGGUGAAGUUGCGUAUUCGCGAGCGAUACAUCGUGCAGAUAACGCCGGCCUUCAAGUGCGCAGGGCUUUGGCCACGUUCAGCGGCACACUGGCCGCUGCCUGCCAUUCCGUGGCCACACCCGAAUAUCGUGGCCGAGGUCAAGACUGAGGGCUUCGACCUGCUGUCCAAGGAGUGCCUUGCGCUGCAGGGCAAGAACUCCGCUAUGGAGGGAGACGCGUGGGUACUGAGCUUCUUUGAGGCGGAGAACCGGUUGCUGCAGGGCGGCUGCCGGCGCAAGUGCCUCAGCGUACUCAAGACAAUUCGCGAUCGGCACCUCGAUUUGCCCGGCAACCCUGUCACCUGCUACCACAUGAAGACGCUGCUGCUGUACGAGUGCGAGAAGCAUCCGCGCGAGCACGAGUGGGAUGAGGGCGCGCUGGGUGAUCGCAUCAACGGCAUCUUCUUGCAACUGAUUUCAUCGCUGCAGUGCCGCCGUUGCCCGCACUACUUUCUGCCGCAUGUUGACCUCUUCAAGGGCAAGUCGCCGACGGCGCUCGAGAACGCCGCGAAGCAGGUGUGGCGGCUAACGCGUGAGAUGCUCACAAACUCCAGAGCGUUUGAGAAGCUGUGAGCGCUCUAUUCCUACAAUUAGUCCUAAGUGGAGUGAGUGAACUAGUGAUUACCGAGUAUGUUAUUUGUUCUCGAGUCAUUUAUUUAGUGUUUGCGCGGUGCGGUAGUGCGGUAUUGCGGUAGAGUGGUAGUGCGAUAGUGCGGUAGUGCGGCCGGCGAGUGCGGUUGCCCGGACUGACUGUAAGUACAGUGUUACUACCCGACUGGUACUUGCACUUUGCAUAUUAUUUGUGAUAUAAUGUAAAUAAUUUACUUGUACAAUUUUAGUGAUAUUUAAUUAUUUGAAAAUAUUAAAAAGUAUGGUGUAUUUAUUUGACUGAGACAUUUUAAAGUAGGCUUACGUACUGAUAUUACAAUAAACAGAUUUAAAAUUA